AUGAGAGUAUGCUCAAUUUUGACUGAAACAAGUUUGAAGAUCCAAUCUGCUCAGGUCUAUCCGCAUGGCCUUUGGCAGACAUUUCCUGCAGGUUAUAGCUCUUUUUCUAUAGCAAGUUUAAGGAGUGCCUUCAGUUCAAAUGUGAAUCAGUUGCCUGUCAUAACUGACCCUGACAUAGAAGGCACAUUAAGGGAUUUAUUGGCAAUUAACUGGGAUGCAAAACCUGAAACUGUUGUCAAUGAGACGAAGAUGGCUUUGUCUAAAGCUACUGAAGAUAAAGCUGCCCAAGAAGUACUGGCAAAUGUCUUUUGUGCAGCUGAGGCAUCACUGGAAUUUAGUGGGGUAUUGGUGUCACUUAGAAUGGCACUUGAUGAUCUAUGUGGCUUGAAUGGUGAGAAUGUUGGACACCUGCCGGAGCAUCUGGAAGAUGCCAUCAGAGCUGCAUAUAAACGAUAUAUCACUUAUCUAGACUCAUUUGGUCCUGAUGAAACCUUUUUGAGUAAAAAGGUUGAGCUUGAAUUGGGAACAAAGAUGAUUCACUUGAAGAUGAGAUGCAGUGGCAUUGGAUCUGAGUGGGGAAAGGUUUCCCUUCUUGGCACUUCUGGACUUUCUGGGUCCUAUGUGGAGCUCAGGUCAUGAAGAUGUCUCGAUGGGAGUUGGAAGCCUCUCUCCGGCGAGCAGCUGCCUUGGCCAGUCGCGUGGGGUUCCUU